GGCGCGCGGGCUGGCCAGACGCGGAUAGGCGCCUCCCGCAGCCAAUCAGCGCGCUGGGGACGCUGCGCGCUUUAAGGCAGCUGCCGGGAGAACAGAAACCAAGUUCCCCGGCAACGAGCAGCAUCCACCCGGCGGAAGGCUGGAGCCAGCUGGGCCCGAAAGGCUGCGGAGCGAGCCGGCCACUCGGUGUCCUGCGCGCGCUCCACUCCUCGUCCUGCUCGUUCUCUUGGUUCGCCCAUCCCCAAAUCUCGACUUAUUUUUUCGGCCAGGGAAAGCCUAGGAAGGGGGUUAGGAGCAGCCGCGCCCCCCUCCCUGCGGCCGCCGCCCCCUGCAUUUUCGGCUCCGUUCCCUGCCGCGUGCGCCCGGGCAGUGCGCCCCGGCAGGCCCCAGCCAUGUCGAUGCUGCCGUCGUUCGGCUUUACGCAGGAGCAAGUGGCGUGCGUGUGCGAGGUUCUGCAGCAAGGUGGGAACCUGGAGCGCCUGGGCAGGUUCCUGUGGUCGCUGCCCGCCUGCGACCACCUGCACAAGAACGAGAGUGUGCUCAAGGCCAAGGCCGUGGUCGCCUUCCACCGCGGGAACUUCCGCGAGCUCUAUAAGAUCUUGGAGAGCCACCAGUUCUCGCCUCACAACCACCCCAAGCUGCAGCAACUGUGGUUGAAGGCGCACUACGUGGAGGCCGAGAAGCUGCGCGGCCGGCCGCUCGGUGCCGUGGGCAAAUAUCGGGUGCGCCGAAAAUUCCCGCUGCCGCGCACCAUCUGGGACGGCGAGGAGACCAGCUACUGCUUCAAGGAGAAGUCGCGGGGUGUGCUGCGGGAGUGGUAUGCGCACAACCCCUACCCCUCGCCGCGUGAGAAGCGGGAGCUGGCCGAGGCCACCGGCCUCACCACCACCCAGGUCAGCAAUUGGUUUAAGAACCGGAGGCAAAGAGACCGGGCCGCCGAGGCCAAGGAAAGGGAGAACACCGAAAACAAUAACUCCUCCUCCAACAAGCAGAAUCAACUCUCUCCUCUGGAAGGGGGCAAGCCGCUCAUGUCCAGCUCAGAAGAAGAAUUCUCACCUCCCCAAAGUCCAGACCAGAACUCGGUCCUUCUGCUGCAGGGCAAUAUGGGCCACGCCAGGAGCUCAAACUAUUCUCUCCCGGGCUUAACGGCCUCACAGCCCAGCCACGGCCUGCAAGCCCACCCGCAUCAGCUCCAGGACUCCUUGCUGGGCCCUCUCACCUCCAGUCUGGUGGACUUGGGGUCCUAAGUGGGGAGGGACUGGGGCCUCGAAGCAGCGACUAGGGACACUUGUAAAUAGAAUUCAGGAACAUUUUUGCAGCUUGUUUCUGGGGUUCUUUGUGCAUAAAGGAACGGUGGACUUUCACAAAUAUCUUUUUAAAACUCAAAACCAACAGCCAUCUCAAACUUAGUCACCUCCUUCUCUCCAGCUCUUUCCACUUUUGCAUUUCCCCUCUCAGUGCAGAAAUCAGGAAAAAAAAAAACCACAAAAAACCCAAACAAACAAAAGCACCCAGUCACCCAGUCUUAGUUCUGGGCAACCCAUCUGCCUGCUUCAGUAGUCUUUUUUUUUUUUCUUUCCAAUGAAUGGGAAUUACAAAUCAACUAGAUUUUAAUUAUUUCCCUUUAAUUUAUUUAUGGAAAAAUCUUUUGGGAAGAAGAGAAGGAAAUGAAAAAGAGAGAGAGAAAUAAGUCAAAAUAGUGAAAACAAGAGCCUCUAGCCCAGGAGGAAAUGGUUGCAUUCUUAAGGUGAAAAGGACAAAUAUGAUCUUAUAACUUUUAUUGAUGGGGAAAAUUAAGUUUACAUUUUUCAUAUUUAGUGUUAAACAGUUUUAUGUAGCUUAAAAUGAAAUAACAGUAUUAGGGGGAAAAACAAGUGCCUAAAUGUCUUAAUGCUCUCUGCAUGUGGCAGUUAGAAGUGACCAUUAGUAGUAAUACAACUAUUUUUGUCAAAUUUAGUGGGGUAUUUUUGGUUGUUCUUUGUUUUCUUGGGUUUUUUUUUUUUUUAUGGCCAGCUUUAAAAAUGUAACAAUGUGAGAAACAAAACAAAACACUCCUGAAUGCCAUUUCUUCUCAUGCCCUUGGAAGUGUUCAUAUCUGUAUCCUUCUCCUGUUAAGGGUUGCCCCUGUUCCUAGUUUCUAGCUUGCAACAAAUAUGGGACAAAUCUGGCAAUCUGGUAUUUGUUACUAAAACAGCAUGUGUUUUCAGGUUUCUUUUCUAUUGUACCUAAACCUGUCUAAAUUAAAACUUAGUAGAACACCAGGAGUACGAUUCUGUUUCUCAAAGGUGAGUUGUGUAUUGCUGUCAUUGCUGCUCCCUCUUCCCCCUGUUUCAACAUAGUUUUGUUGCUCUUCUACUUAAUGGUGGUUAUGGAUUGCAGGGUACCUGAACCAAGAGUGGUGACUGAGUGAAUUAUAUGACAGAAAAAGAGUGAAUUUGG